AAGAGGGGAAAAAAAAAAAAGAAGAGAAAAUUAGCUAGUGAAGAAUGGUUCCCUCAAUGAACGCUUCAAACGGCAUAAUUUCUCUACCCAAAAAUCAGAACCUCUAAACUCGAAACCAAAGAGGAAAAAGAAAAAAAAAAUUAAAGAAAAAGAAAAAGAAAAAAGAAAGGGAAAGAGAUUUCCCCUUUUCCAUUUCCCUAUCAGGAUGUAUGAUUGAAGAAAAAGAAGAAGAAGAAGGAAGAAGGAAGAAUUUUGAGGAUUUCGAGCUUUGUCCUCAGGUGUUAAGAUCUGAGGCUAAGAAAAGAGAAUGAGCGCUUCGAGGUUUAUAAAGUGCGUGACUGUUGGUGAUGGUGCUGUUGGCAAAACUUGUUUGCUGAUUUCUUACACCAGCAACACUUUUCCUACUGAUUAUGUGCCAACUGUUUUCGACAAUUUCAGUGCUAAUGUUGUUGUCAAUGGGAGUACUGUUAAUCUGGGGUUAUGGGAUACUGCAGGACAGGAGGACUAUAACAGACUUAGACCUUUGAGUUAUCGCGGGGCAGAUGUGUUCAUAUUGGCAUUCUCUCUUAUUAGCAAGGCCAGUUAUGAAAAUGUCUCCAAAAAGUGGAUUCCGGAGUUGAAACAUUAUGCCCCUGGUGUUCCAAUAGUUCUUGUUGGGACUAAGCUUGAUCUUCGGGACGAUAAGCAGUUCUUUAUUGAUCAUCCUGGAGCUGUGCCCAUUUCUACAGCCCAGGGAGAGGAGCUGAGGAAGCUGAUUGGUUCACCUGCUUAUAUUGAGUGCAGUUCCAAAACGCAGCAGAAUGUGAAGGCAGUUUUUGAUGCAGCCAUCCGAGUUGUCCUUCAACCACCAAAGCAGAAAAAAAAGAAGAGCAAAGCACAGAAGGCCUGCUCCAUAUUGUGAUUGGAAAAUGAAAAUGUAAAAAGAUCGUGGCCUUCCGUCCCAUUUGCAGUCCGUUUCACCCCACUCUUUCUGUUUCUCUUCCCCUUGCUCUUGAAGAUAUUUUAGAAGCCCUGGAUUAUAGUCUCAGCUGACAGCUCAGGAUCUCUGUGAAGCAUCUGGUGGUCUUGGUAUUACUUUAUUGGAACUGUUGUGAAUCUCUAAUUGUUGAUGGAUGCCGGCUCCUUCUCUCGACUCCACUUUUUUGAUAUUGUUUUUAUGUAUUAAUGCCCCUGGAACUACCCUGUUAGGAAAUUGCACGGGACAACCGUAAAUUUCAUUGUUUCUUGUAUUGUUUUUGAAAUGCUUGGUAUGUUUGUUGGUUUCAACUUCUGUGCAUAGUUUGUCGCAACUUAUUUGUUUCUGAUAGGUAUAUGGGUCCCUUUCUUUCGUAUCAUUGAUCAGUUUAUGCAAUUAAUAUCCUGUCACUCUUGUUCAUUCA